AUGGCAUCGGUCACUUCAAUAUCGUCCGAGAAGGACAACGAAGAGGAUCGCGACAUCAUGCACGAGGAGGCGAUCGAAGAUGAGGACCAUGACAUCAGUUCGGAGAUGGAUCCGUCUCAGCGAGAGUAUCUCGAGUUUCACCAUCAAUUAGACGAAUUUCUAUCACCUCUUAGCCUGGAUGACGGAGUGCUCUACAGAUUGGCCCGUCGCUUUUCCGAAACCUACCGCCACCUGGCCUUGACGUCCGAUCAGCAGUUUUUACCGACCCCAGUAACUCAGCUUCCUACUGGUCAAGAGACCGGCCGAUAUCUGGCAAUUGAUGUUGGAGGCAGUAAUCUCCGGGUCGCAUUUAUUGAGUUGCUUGGCGAAGUGGAGGAGUCAGAUUCCCGCCCUACAGAUGCCUCGGAGAGGUCACGAGACACCAUUCGCAAGGCUCAGCGACAACGGGUCAAGCGCACUUUGGAACGGGCUUGGCCAAUCCAAGAGCACUUGAAGAAGGACAAAGCAGAGGAUUUGUUCUCGUGGAUUGGUGACUGUAUUGCUGAAGUGGUAGCCGAGAGUCUCACGUCGGAUGCCACCAAGAAGGACAUACCAGCAGAAUUAGACAUGGGCAUCACCUUCAGUUUCCCAAUCAUGCAAGAAUCGCUAGCUGAGGCAACGCUGAUGCCCAUGGGCAAGGGAUUCGCUAUUACUUCUAACCUCGAUCUUCGCAACAUUCUUCUCAAUGGAUACGAAAAGCACACCAGGAGACCGGAUGAUGAGGAAGAGCCUUCUUCCAAGCGCCGGAAGCUUUUCGCUCUACCAAAGCUAAAGAUCCAGGCCAUUACGAACGACACGGUUGCGACUCUGGCUUCACUUGCUUACAAAGUGAAACAACUACCCAACAGUCGAGUCGCUAUGGGUAUCAUUGUUGGCACCGGAUGUAAUGCGACCAUUCCGAUGAAGCUGACCGAGCUUCACGAAUCCAAAGCCAAAAAUGUUAACACAAUGGAUCCAAAUGCCGUGGAGACUAUUGUUAACACGGAAUGGACCAUUUCUGGAGCUGCGCCACCACUACGAGAGCUCAAUAUUACGACCAAAUGGGACGUUGAAUUAGAUCGAGCGUGCGCACGUCCCGGAUUUCAGCCAUUCGAGUACAUGACUGGUGGUCGAUACAUUGGUGAAUUGAUUCGCUUGAUUCUGUUCGACUACCUUACGUCCAAAGGAGGGCUCUCCAAGCGAAUUCUACCCGCGAACCUGGUUCAAGAGUACGCACUGACAACCACCUAUAUCUCCGACAACGUAGCGAAGGCCCGAUCAGACCAAGACCUUGCAAAGGCGCUGAACGAAUCGCUUCCCCCACCCGAGAGCAGCGACUGGCGUUGGGAUACGCGAACAGCCGGUGCAUUCCGAAGAAUCGCACGAGCAGUGCAAAGGCGAUCGGCAGGACUGAUCGCCGCGGCCGUAAUCGGCCUCUUGGCCUGCUGCCGUGAAAUCGAAUUGAAGGAAGACAGCAACGCCAACACCCCCGAAGCCGCUGCUUCUCCACAAAGCAACGGAGACGUCCCCAUAUCUAGCAGCACAGCCACCCCGUCAUCCAUCGCAACGCCCGGCAACAGUGUCCACGGCCACGUUGUCCCCGUUCUCCAACCACUUCCUGCUGACUGGCAGUCCGGCCCUGAAGAGCUAGUCGUCGCCUAUACGGGCGGCAUCAUUCAACAUUACCCGCAGUUCAAGGAGAUGUGCCAACAACAUAUUGACCGCUUGAUCAUGCGCACGGGUCCACAACAAGGAGGAAAAUCGGUCUUUUUGCGAGAAGCGUCUGAUGGCGGCGUUAUCGGUGCAGGUGUUUUGGCUGGCAUGGUUGUCGGCAAGUAA